AUAUUUACAAUACGUUAUAAAGAAUAAAAUGGUUUCAGCACAUUAGCUAUAUUAAACCAACUACUGUAACAAUGCAUUACUUACACUGCAUAUAAUAAAUUACUAACACCACAUCAUAUUCAAUGCAGUUCUGCUUACAGUGCUCUCUUUAUUGCUACUUAUAAAAACAUAUCUGUAUUAGCAUUCGCCCACACACUUAAUAACAUACGGCUGAUCUCAAUUUGUUCUUACUCUCAAAAUAUAUACAUUUAAAUUAGGGUCAGUAUCCAUUUCUCCUGGAGAGAGUCUUUCUUCUUAAUAGUUCUGAAAUCUCUGAAUUCUCCGAAUGACCUACUCUGAGAAUUAUGGCUUAUUUAUGUGAUUUAAAGGAUCACUAGACAAUCAUUUUUAAUGAAUAAAUUUUCCGAAUAUUCCUAAAAGAGUUACUUUCUGGUUAGGAUUCAUUGAUCUGACUCUGGCCAGCCGAAGUUAACAGCAGCGUAUUCUGUUAAUUUCUAUUUUAUAGCCGGCAUGGAAAGGAAAACAACCGAAAGAAUAUCAGUAAUCUUCGAAUUCCACAUCUGUAUUUCAUUUACUGAUUUGAAACAUUGAUUUCAGUUGUUUCUUUUUCUUGGUAAAUUGAGGAUUUAAAUAACGAUGAAUUUUUUAACAGAUUGUCAGGGAGUCUCACUCACUAUUUCAGGAAACGCGAGCUGUAUAUUGCUUUCAUUAUGUAGACAUGCGAGUAUGGGGUCCACGCAUUUAUUCAAGGAAUUGAUAAUGAAUCUCACUGCGAGAAUGUACCCUCCCCCACGAAGGCUUUUUGACAGGAAAGAUUUUCGUAAAGGAGACACUUACAUGUGUGAACAGUGGUCAUUUUUGAAAUAUUUACACGUCAUAACUGCCGGACUUCGCUCUCCAUGGCGUCGGCUGAAUUAGAUACUUCUCAUUUGUUUCAAAACCUCCGGCAUGAAGGGAACUUUCUCUCCACAAAAGGAAAUUGCCUGUUUUUUCUUUGUGGUUUCCUGUUUGUCUUCGAGCACAGUGCAAGGAACUCCUGUAAACCCAAAAUUCAGAUCGUCGGAGGAUGGACUUUCAAGACAACCAAGAAGCUCGAAUGCCAUGAAUAAACUUUUCGUUGAUCCUACAGCUACACUCAGGGGCAGGUUAUAUUCAAGGACUGGUUAUUUCCUAGAAAUUUUAAAAAAUGGAACUGUGCAGGCCACAAUGAACAAUUCGUCAGAAUACACUAAACUUGAAAUGCAAAGCUAUAAUAAAACUUUGAAGAGGUUUAAGGGAAUUUUGAGCCAAAAUUUCUUAGCAUGUGAAUUAAGAGGCAGAAAAAGAGGACGAUUUAUAGGAAGAGGGAACCUGAGCAUUGAUUCUUUGUUUGUGGAGCACAUGGAAGAAAACCACUACCUAACAUACAGGCCAUUCAAUAUUAUAAAUAUUUAUAACAACACGGGCUACCUCGCCAUCAAAAGUAAUGGUAAGUUUAGGAGAGUGGAACGUGCAGAGCCCGGCAUGUAUGCUUCGCAAUUUACUUUUCUACCGUUUAAUGCGUAAGUGGCCUACACGUGUUUAAAGAGAAUAUCAAUAUGUAUGAGAGAGAGAUGGGGAGGACUCUCAUUUGAAAGAGUAAAGGAAGAGGUAUUGGCUCUCUUGAAGGAGACCGAAAAAAGGCUUUGCUCGACGGCCUCUAAAAUUACCUCUAAAAGAUACAAGUCUCAUUUGAAAACAGCAUACUAGUUAAUUUUAAUUUAAAAAUGGUGGUUGAAUUAUCUUCGUAAUUAACUUAGAUCAGCAAACAGAAAGAUGGCUGUUUACAUUUUCUAUCGAGCAACCCUAAAAAGGAGAUCUGGAAGCUAUGUAUUCAUGAGCACAGCAAGUGAGAAAAAAUAUGUGAAUGUGUCUCAAAGAGAGAAGACGAGUGUUCCCUUUCCUUUCAAUUUGGAGUCUUCCCUGCAUGUGAUAACGAGGAGUAAGACUACAACACGAUAGAUUAUGGUUAAAAUGUUGAUACAGGUUGCAUAGCAGCUUGAUGCCCAGCUGAAAUAUUAGUAACUUAUUCUCAGAAAUUGUGAUAUAGCUUUAAUUUAUAAACAUGUGUUAUUUUAGUCUUGCUGACAAUGCUAGUGCUUUUCCGUACCCACCGUCAAAGCUGAACUACUUCCCGAAAGUCUGUCACAACCAAGAAAUAGUGUGAGCCCUUAAUAGUCGCAUAAAACCCGAGUACAUUUGGUUCUUUAUUGUGGUUCUCAACCACACUAUAAAAGACUAGCGUGAAAAUUGUCAGUGAAGAACGAGAAUAGCGACAUGUCCGUGCUACUCGUUGGGAUUAAACUUCUAUUUUUUUUUUGUUACGAACCUUUGAUACCGAGGAGAAAAAAAAAGAACAUUCGUAAAGUUUAGCGAUGUGUAUGUUUUCCUUUUUAUUUCUUGUAAAAGUUGCUCUCGCCGACACUGUUACCGUUGGUUGGUCUCAUCAGCUAACAUCAUGAUGAUGUUAGCAUUCAGCAAGUUAGUGUUAGGAAUCGAUUUCUACACAUCUGAGUCCUUUGGGGCCCGGGAACGCGCGGACUAGUUUCCUCAACAAAAGCUUGUUAUCGAGCCUAAGUAGCGUUUCAUAUAUUUUUUUAUAUGUUGUUUAAAAAAAGAUGCUGUAAAUUGACCUGAAACUACCAUUUCAUAGCCGAUAUAAUUGUCAUGAUCGAUUGUAGUUGGUGAUGUUCAGGACACUUUAGACGGUCCUCGUCGGUCUUGUUAAUUUAGAGAAACAAAUUGGGAAUGAUAAAAGAAAUCAAACGUUUUAGGUGUUGAUACAAGUGGCUAUGUUUCAGUAGGAAGUUUUCAGUACAAAAACCCUCUGAGAUGGUAACUUCCUGUUGAAAAUAAGUGGUUUUAGUUAUGGAUAAUUUUAUAAAUAUUGUUAAAUACAGUUAGAAUUUGCGUCUCUUUCACCAAUAAAAUAGUAUAAGUGAUAGUCUUUAGUCAAUUUAUGAGGUAAAUUUUAUUUAACAGCAAAUGGAAAUUUGCACAUAAGUCUGAUUACAAAUAGACCAAGAGAGGAAUAUGCAAAGAUUGUAGAUGAUUUAGUUAGCCGUUGAUUUUUUAAGUAAUUUGGCACAAAGUGCAAAUAUUUAUUUAUUUCAUGUAGCUGUUGGCUAUUUAAGUGAUUAUUAAGACGAAAGCGACGUAUAUGCAGUUAAUCAUGAAUGUAAAUUCCGAGCCUUUUAAAAAAGAAGAAUAAGAUCACCUCAGAAAGGAACCUUUACAACUUCAAGCUAGCUUCUAGCUGUUUACAGUCAGAGCGAUUCUGAGGUUAUUCUAGGUGUGCCUUCUAAACUUCUUGCUGAGAAUAGCAACUGUUGAUUAUUUCAGAAUAAAGGGAAAAACUAAGAACUGCACGUCUCUAACAGAAAUAAAGCAUUCUAAACAAUCCA